AUGAAGGAUAUCUUUGGCAGUGAAACCACAAAGGAAAAGGGAUUGAUUGAUUGCCUGUCCGCCGCAGAAUUCGACGCUAAAGUUCUUCACCUGAAACCGGAAUGGAAAAUGUGUGAAAUGGAGGCACGAAAUACAUCUGAACCGCAGUUCUCGCACUACUUUGAUAUUUACCUGUCUCAUGAAAUGAAAGAGAGGAUGAUUCUUCCGGUUAGACGAAGAGUAGGUCUUGGUGACGACUUCUUUUAUGACAAUGCAACAGAGAGCAUUAACCAUCGUUUCAAGGUAGCAAUACGAAAUGAAAAAGCAACCUGUAACCCAACUGGCGCGAGGGAUCUUGAUUGUACAAUGGCUGAAGCGGGGGAAAUCUACUACAACAUGCUCCAGCAGACUCGUCGAAAUAUUCACCGAGCUAUUAUUGGCUUAGGGCCAUAUCGCCUGAGCGAUCAAUAUGCGUUAUGUUACACCGCUGCACCCAUUUGGAACACCUUGAGUGAUAACGAGAAGACCUCCAGAAUCAGGAUGGUGGAUACCAAGUACAAACCGGCCACAAAAAUUGCAACUGUUGAAGCAGAGACUGUUUCAAGUGCUGUGGGCAAAUCUAUUCCUGAUAUCAUUAUUGAAGACGACCAGUCAAGUGAGAAAUCUGAGGGCAAAUCUGUUCUUGAUAUCACCAUUGAAGACGACCAAUCAAGUGAGAAUGAAGUUGUUUUAUUAGAUGAGCAAAUCAACUAUCGCUCGGAAGCUUCUCAAGUCACCAGACCGACAACAUCUGGAUGCGACACGAUUACAUCCGACAAAAGAAAAACUUUAGCUGAAGGAGGGAAAUUGUCUUUGGGUGACUUUGAGAAGACAAAUCUGCCCAUCAUAUUCAGAGGAUCGUGGAGCAAUGCUGAAAAGAUUGUAAAUAAGCAGGGUGUUGGAAAAGCACCUGGUAUGAAGAAUGCCAGAGUUGUCAUAUCAACAAGUACUUCUGAUUUCCACCGUGUGACAGUAACUAACAAAAACUGUCCUGUCAAGUGCGAUUGUAAACGUUUCUCAGAUCUCGGCCUGUGUGCUCACAUCAUAGCAGUGGCGUACAAUGAAGGAAAAUUGAAUGAAGUUGUCAGAAAUUACAAGCCCAAUAUAUCUGCAAUAGUACAGCCUUCUGGAAAAGCUGGAAAAAAACCAAAUCAGUCGGUCAGAAAGCGCAAGUCGUCAACAACUAAAGGAAAGCGAAGUGUUGCAGAAUUUAAUGAUCCACUCGCUCAUACUGACCUCGUUAACUUUCCGGACCCAGAUAACUGGACAGUAGUCUUUGUGAAAAAUACGAAGAUGCGGAAAUGCUAUGGAUGUGGGGGAAGUGUCAGGCAAGACGUCAGCGUUGUACCUCCUUCUCCCUGGAAUAUUGUCCUUGCAAGACGCGAGUACCGAGCGUAUACUCCACGCGGCAAACGUUCAAUCCAGAUUUCGGCAAAGAAGGAGAUGGUUUAUUAUCACCCAAGGAUGAAAUGCCUCCGUGAAAAGAACACAGAUGUUACUGGAAACCGCGUACAAGUACCCAGUGAUAUUGCCCUAGACCUGGACGAUUUACAACGAGCCCAGUUGAGAAAAGAGUUUGGAAUUGACUUGUAG